AUGUCUCCCAAAUCCUUCUGGGCCACCCUGGCCAUUUCGGUGGCUCUGGCGGGUGCUGCCGAGUGGAAGGACUUUGGUCCUGCUGAGUUCCUGUGGCCAACCGACCGUGUUUGGUCGGCAGAGCAGGACAACACCGCCCCUUGCGGUUCGAUAGCAUCGCCCAAUAACACCAACCGAACUGAGUUUCCAAUGACUAAUGGGCGAGUUGCUCUCGUGGCCCAAGAUGAGUCGUACAACAUCACGCUCAGCAUCUCUUAUUCAGAUGAUCCCAAGAGCAACAGUGACUUCACGACUUUGAUCUCGCCGUCUAAAUUCAAGGAGAUGGAGCUUGGCCACACUUGUGUCGACGUCACCGACCCUCCAAAAUCGGUCACUUCUGGAGACUAUGCAACUCUGCAAAUCAUUUACGUCUCGCAGUUUGACCACAACGAGAACGAAACCUUCUAUGCGUGUGCCGACAUCAAAUUCGUCGAAGCGAGUGCCUUCAAGACAACGAUCCCCUGUUUCAACGCUACAGAGGAAGACGACGGUAAUACCACGAACGAGUGGACAUACCAUCACACGAGCACCGCCGCGUCUUCAGCAGCCUCAUCCACCUCUACCUCAAGCUCCUCUCAGAAUUCAGCAGAUGGUAGCAACAACGGCAGCUCUAGUGGUGGUAGCGGUGGUCUCUCCAAGGGUGGAAUUGCUGGCGCAGUAGUCGGCUCUGUCGUUGGCGCUUGUUUGAUUCUCGCUGCCGCUUUGUUCUUAUAUCGCCGCAAUGCGCAGAAGAACAGGGUAAUUAGACAGCAGAAGUUCGAGCAGGGUCUUGGCAAAGACUCAGCCUCGACACCGAGCGUUGGCAUGAAUAACCUGUCUAAGUAA